UCAAAAUGGAAAGUUAUUUGAAAUUCUUAGAGGAGAAAGUCAACAAAAUGAUGUCAGAAAUGGCAAAUGUUCAAGUCAUGAAGAAAGAAUUCAAGGAACUUAAGGAAGAGCAUGGCUGUAUCAAAUAACCUCCUAUUCGGAGCCAAUAAUUCCUUCCUAAUGGUAACUGAGAUGGACAAGCUUGGAGGUGCUGCUAAGACUACAGACUUAAGCAGCAACAACCACUUUAAUGUCGACAAACAGAGCCUUAUGUAUAGAAUAGAUAGGCUAGAGCGAAGUCAAACAAAAGCAACUGAUAUUAGUACUGAGGUCGAAAAAGUUAUUAACAAUUUUGAUAAGAAUAUUAAAACUAAGUCUAAGAAGUCUCAACGUACUGAGAAAAGUGAUAAAAAUGGUAGAAGUGGAAAGAGAUAUUCAGGACUUUCAACUAUUACCGCUUCCCAAGGUAACAAUUUCCAGGCAUCCCAAACUGUCACUUUUGAGGACCCUAAAAGAGAGGUUAAGUAUUUAAGAAAAAUACUUAAAUAAACAAGGCAACGAGAUUGGCAAGGAUAUUGCCAAAAUAGAACUAAUUAUUGAGAAGAUAAGUGAGGAACUCCAGACAACUUAUAAGAACAACAAAUCUAUAUCCGAAAGAAUAUCCAAAUUAGAAAAGGAAUUUGUGAAAGAAUCUGUUCCUAAAUUUGGAACUUCCCAAACUUGCAGAGAGGAUAAAGAGAAUAUUCCCACUAACUUGGCAGAUGAAGCUAGCAAGCACACUUAUAACCAUAGAAGAGAGGUUUCAAAUGUUGAUAGAGCAGAUCUUUUAAUCAUGUGUGACAAGAUAAAGAAUGACUUCCAGAAAUCUCUAAGAGAUUCUAUAAACUCGCAUCAGUUUCAGACAAUCAAAAGCAAGCCUCAAAGUCCGUCUGUGACACAAAGAGAUAAUAAGAAAGAGCUCAGGAACAGCAUUGAGAAGUAUAAAUCAGCUUAUGGGUUAGAGGUAGUUGACACUUCUUCUCCAAUGAGAAGGAUCAGGUAUUUUAGCACUAAGCCAAGUGCUAGAAGAGGCCCAAUAAACAGCGACUGUAGCUCUCUUGGUAAAACACUUGACCCUCGUCCUAGUAUUAAGAAGAUCCAUGUACAAAAGAGUAGAGGGAGUAAUAUUAGGAUGAAACAGGAGAAUUUACGCAAGAAGAAGAGCACUCUUGCUUCAUUUUCUCCAUUUUCCACUAUAAAGUCUCGUUAUAAAGAAAUUGAGAGCCAUAAAAAGACUAAGAACAAUGUAUCAAAGUUGGAUAAGAUCUACAAGGAGCUUGAGUGCAUGGAGAAUGAUUAUAACCUUUAGAGUUUUCUAAUAAAUAAAUUGAAUGUCA